CGGAAGAAGCAGUCGGACGUGAUGCGUUUCCUUCUGCGCGUCCGUUGUUGGCAGUAUCGCCAGCUGUCAGCUCUCCACCGGGCACCCCGUCCCACCAGGCCAGACAAGGCGCGCAGGGCUGGGUACAAGGCUAAACAAGGUUAUGUCAUUUAUCGCAUCCGCGUUCGUCGAGGAGGGCGCAAACGGCCGGUCCCCAAGGGAGCCACCUAUGGUAAACCUGUCCACCAUGGUGUUAACCAGAUAAAGUUUGCCCGCAGCCUUCAGUCUGUUGCUGAGGAGCGUGCUGGUCGCCACUGUGGAGGUCUGAGAGUGCUGAGCUCAUACUGGGUGGGUGAAGAUUCUACCUACAAGUUCUUUGAAGUUGUCCUCAUUGACACCUUCCAUAAGGCCAUCAGACGGAACCCAGAGAUUCAAUGGAUCACCAAACCAGUCCACAAGCACAGGGAGAUGCGUGGGUUGACCUCGGCUGGCAAGAAGAGCCGUGGCUUGGGCAAGGGACACAAGUUCCACCUUACCACUGGAGGUUCGCGCCGUGCUGCCUGGAGAAGACGCAACACCCUUCAGCUCCACCGUUACCGCUAA